AAAGUGAGGCUCACGAGGUCACUACUCAGCAUAGGAUCGGACAGGAAUGCGCUGAUUUCUUUGCGAAAUGUAGGUUAUUAACACUGUUUAAAAGCCAUGAGGAGCAUACAUAGGGAAAAGAAAACUCUAUUGCAAUUAUUUGAAGAAAAUGCUUGCUCCGAAAGCGUUGAAUUUGGACAACGAUUCUGAACGAACAGAGGACGGGUCGAUUACAGAAGUUUCGGAAGAUGACAUUCCGCUCGCUGUGCGUUUAAAUUUGUCAGGAAAUAGCGGUACAAAUACUACAGGAAAGCAGCGGGUACGGUCUUCUUUUCAAAAGAAGGGUGGAUUUGUCAUCCCACGAAAGAAAAAGCAAGCAAAUGAACUUCUUCAGCAUUCCAGUUUUGAUACUAGAGAAGGGAAGGAGGUACUUCGCAAUGUCGCGCAAUCAUAUCGAGAUCCUGUGCUUGGCGCUACCCUGAAAUUUGAAAAGCUAGAGCUUGUAUUUAAUGACCAGCUGUCCCGAGAGUACCAGGAUAAAAAACAGUCUAUGCGGAACGAAUGGCGAAAUUCUAAAGAACUUGAAGACAAACAUGCGUUCUUCUACACUGUUGAUCGUGAAGAGGCAAGAAAAAUAUGUGAAAAUGGAUUGGAGGUUGGUUCAACAUCAUUAUCAUGUUUGGGAGAUCCAUCAAUGGGUGUGUAUCUUGGCCGUCAUGCUGACGUCAUUUCCAGGAAACCUCUUAUUCAAGGUUCUCUGGGAUACCUUAUAGUUUUCAAAGUCAUCAAGGGCAAGGUAAAACAAGUAACAGAACGGAAUGCAGCAACUGCUGGAGACCUGCUUGAGCCAACACCAAACUUUGACUGCCAUGUUUCAAGAUCCCUUCAGAAUCUUCAAGCAAACAGCCCACUUAACCAAGUAUUUGAUUACUCACAGUAUUAUUUCUACGAGUUUGCUGAGGAAGGUGAUGACCUGCAUGUAAAAAGGCCGCGGCAUUGUCUUCCUUAUGCUGUUAUCACUCUUUCGGUGGGUGAUUCAUUGGGUCCUCAUCAAGAAUCAUCCAUUGUGCAGGAGGAGUUUCCAGGUGUGGACAAUAGUGGGUUUUCACUGCCAGCCAAAGGUUUUGUAAGACGCGAGACAAGAAUUCCAGAAAAGAGAUGGGGAAGAAGUAGCCAUGUUGUUUGGACGGGGAAAAUCACAAACAAAGACAGAUUGUUGGCUGAUGCACAGCUUGUUUGCCAUUCUGUACAGAAAAUCAAGCUUCCCUUUGAAAUUGGUAAGAAGAUUGUUAUGAAGGAGAAAAUCUCCUUUCAGCAGCUGAGACCAUUCUUGACUUUCCCACUUUUUCGCUCUGGUCCACCCUCUGUGUCUAGAGUGUGCAAAGCAUCUUUAGCUGGUGGGACAAGCUUUUUGCAUUGUGAAUUAGUUCCAAUUGAAGAUGACCAUGGAAAAAUUAUAAAACUUGUUAAGUUUUUCCAGGAGAAAAAUUGGGCUGGAAUUGUCAAAAAUCCAGAUGCCAAUAGAGUGAUAUUUCUUAUUCCAACCUCUCAAAUCACUUUGGACCUUGGCAUCACUACAGUAGAUUCACCAGCAACACUUCAUGCUCUCCUCUUUGUGAAGAAACAGAAAACUGGCAGAGAGAACGUCAUCAACACGGCGAAAAGUGGCUCUGUAACCGCAAAUGAUAUGGGAGUAAGUCAAAUUCAAAAGGAACUGAAAAGACAUCUGAGUACAAAGGUUGAUGACAAGGAGAAGCUCAAUGAACCAAGACGGCACAGUUUAGAUUCUGCGAGACCAUUAGCUGCCCCGGCAUCCAGUCACAUGGAAAGGCAGGAUGUUCCUGAUUUUGUGUCGUGUGAUAAGGGUUUGACAAACGAGCAAACGGUGACAUGGAAGCGUAGAGUGGAAAGUUGGCUUAGCAGGCCACACCCUUUGGGAGGCAUGGAGGGAGAUUUUCAGAAGUCGACAAUUCAAUCCUCUUCCGCUCCUACUUAUGUUCCUGGUCCCAGAGUAGUCCCAAAUGUGCCUUUUCAGGAUGUGCGUGCAAGAUCAAGUGGUAAUAACGAGGAACAGAGACUGUUGUCUGGGAAACAAGAUGUGAAUUUUAGAACUAUUGGAAAUAUGGAACAGCACAGAGUGUUUUCUGGACAACAAGAUAUCCCAAUUGGAACACCCAACACAGAGAAACAGAAAGUAGCCCUUGGAAAGCAAGAUGAACUUGAAAGACAUGAAGGAAAUGUAGAGAAAAAUCAAGGUUUUCUCGGAGAGCAUGCUGAUGUCUCAUUGCAACAGUUCAAACUGGAUGACGUGGCUAAGAAAGACACAGUGUUACCUUCGCCAGCUCUUGUUGUGAGGAAAGAAAAACACAGGGAAGAUCCGAGAUUGAGGCGCUCUGUUGACGGUGAGCCAGCCACGUCAUCUAGCAGAAGUGGCCAUGGUGUGCCUUUUAAUGCGCAAGCGUCGCUGCAAGCUCGGGGAGUGAAACCGAAUUCUGCUCCAGUUGCAUAUACAUCACCAAUAACAGCUGCUAAUCAACAGAACAAGUAUCAAAUCAAUAGUGAAUUUCUGAACGAGUUGUUGGUUAAGAUAAAAUUUCCAAUGUCUGAGCAAUCGAAUACGAAUUAUCAAUCGAACAGUGAGGUUUUAAGAAAUUUUGUGGAAAAGGUGAAACAACAGAAACCUGAAGAAUCAAGCCCAAACAGCGGAUUUCUAAGAGAGCUGUUAAACAGGUUGAAAUCACAGAAGCCUGAAGAAUCAAUGUCCACCAUGAUUGAUGGUAUAAGAAAAACCUUGGACAUGAUGAAGAAUCAAUUAGAGUCGCAGAGUGUGAAACGUCAGGCACAAGACGCUGCAAAAGGAGCAAAAACUGCUGGUACGUUGAUGUCUUCAACGAUUGAUGAGAAGUCUAUGAAGAGAAGCCGUAGUGGUGUGGGUUCAACAGAGGUGAAAGGGGAAAGAUCUCAAACAUAUCAAGGUAAUGCAUCAGUAUUGUCCGCACAAUCAUCUGGAGAGCGAAACUUGAAAAGUAUUGAGAAGCGAAGAGAAGAAAAACAGACACCUGUUGUAAGGUCUGAAAAGAAAGCUAUGGGAGAUUCUCCAACGAAGGGGUCAAAACAGCACAAAAGUACUCCUAAAGGUCCGGCAACACCAGCCAAUAGUAAGCCAGUCAAGGAGACUGCUGUACCAGAAUUGUCUGAGGCCCCACCUCCGGCAAUUCCAUCUUGUGAUGCCCUGACAAGACCACUAUCAAAUUCUGAUGCGCCACCCAAAAAACCCAAGUUGACAUUGAUUCUUAAGAAGAGAGACUCGAGAGAGGUUUCUGCACAAUCGUCUGGUGAUGAACAUAAUCAAACACCAGAGCCUAAGGUGACAAAACGGUCUCAGGAAACAGAGCACGAGGAAAAAGCUGAUAUCCAAGGGGACAGAAAGUCACCUGUAUCCAUGGAUUUGAGUCCCCAAUGCACCACACCAACAGGAUCAGUUAGUCCUAUAACUGUGGUUUCCUCAAAAGGACGUUACCACUCUGUAGGAACUCCAGCAAGUACUCCUUCAACAGUUCCGAUUGCCAUAGUGUCAUCGAGUUUUCCAUUCAAUCCUCCCCUUCCUCAAGGGCCCUACAGGAGUACAUUGAGCAUGGGACCAUGCACAAGUCAGCCAAAUCCACCACCAGUUCAUUCUGCGCCAUUUUCAUCCCCUUUCCUACCUCAGUCCAUUAUUGGCACAAGUCCUCAACCAGCACUUCAGACUCCAUCAGUCUCAUCUGCGCCUCCUGGUGGAACCCUACCCUUUGGUUCUCCCCCUCCACCACCUGGCACAACGUUUGUGCCAUACUCUCCCAUCUCACCAACACCUAUUUCUUCUUUACCCGCUUCCCUACCACCUCGGCCUGCACCUAGCAGCUCAUCGUUUCCACCUCUACCUUCGCAUCCAACCAUUCAGCACCAUGAACAGCAGUGGACACCUCCUCUUCAACCCAAUCAGAGGUUUGCCUUCCCUGCGAAUAUGCCACCUCCACCAGGCAUUGCACCAAUUUCUCCAUCUGAGGUGCCACGGUGGCCUGCAAACACUCCUCAUCCGAGGCUUGUUCUUCCACCACCAUGUCUUCCACCAACAGCUGGUAGACCUCAUCAUGUUUUCCCACCAAGUGUGCCAUUUCCGAGACCAGUGCCAGAGAUGCCUCCUGUGCCACCCCAAAGAUUUUCACAAAUACCAGUUCAGAGGUUCAGUGUUCCUCCUCUACCUCCCACUGGGCCAGGACACCCUCAUCGCGGUGGUCUUCCUUGCACUAUACAAAAGAUGCCUGUGCAUCCCAUGUAUAGUGCAGGGCCUUCAGUGCCUCAGUUUCCACCACGACAACCAGGUCCUAUUGGAUUCUGGGUUGCUCCGAUUAAAACUGGUUCUGCCCCCAGCGGAGGCGCUAAAGGCUAUGCGAACGUAAUGUUUCCACAAUCUACAGAGCAAAGAUAUUCAAAGGAGUUGGCAACCACAAUUCCUAGAAAGGAUGAAGACCCUAAAAAAGACGAGACAAGGCAAGGAAACAACAAGCAUCUCGGUUUUGCAAAGUGGCAGAAAGGUGCUGAAGAGGGCCAAAAUGAAAACGAUGCAGAUGAUGUCAGAACGAUGAACAAAGCACAGCACUCUAGCACUCAAAUAGGAGACCAAACUGAUGCUGCAACAAGCAACUCAGAGAUGACAGUUUUCGACUCUUCAAAAGAGGACAGAGAGAUAACAGGUAGCGAAAGAGACAAGAAAGAAAUGCCUAUGAAGGAGAACGUGACUGAAACCAGGCCAACCGAGGAGUCUAUGGAAAGAGUGGACCAGAGUAGAAGAGAGACAGAAAAGGAAGGCACCGAGGCUGUAGAAACACUAGAGAAACCUACAGAAUCAGCAAUCAAAUUGUCAUUAAUAAAUGAAGCAGGAACGCAAGGCUUAUCAUCAGGGUUGGACCAAAUGGAUGUGACAGAGCCAAAUGAAUCACCCACGAAACUUUCGCAAACUCACGAGUCUAUUUGCAAUGCAAAAGAUCAAAUUGUGGUUGAACCAGCAAGAGAAGGAUGCAGUAAUGUUUCAGGAAACCUUGACGAUGUAGGUUUGAUAGAAGAUGACAAUGUGGACGACGUACCAAAGGAAAGAAGCACUGAAGCUAAGGACCCUCCUCUGGCUGAUGCCUCUGCGUGUCAAAUCUCAAUCUCUCAACUUUCAACAGAACCUUCAGGUGUUUUAAGUAAUAGGCACAGCGACAUAGCAAUCUCAGGAAGUAGUACAGACGUUUUGGGCAGUAAACCAUCCAAUGGUUUAACCACCACAACAUAUCACACUGAUGCAGAAUACAAGGAAUCCAAAACCCAUGUAACAGAACCUCCUGGAAGUAUUGAUGAACACAGUGAUGUGUCCAUCUCUGGAAACAGUUCUGACCUUUUUGACAUCAACCAUCCUUUGUGUUUGCCCACCACACCCUAUCGAACUGAAGCAGAACGAAAGGGAUCUAAAGCGGUCAGUAAGAUCUUUGACAUUCUUCGAAGGAAUGCUCAGGAAUCCAGAUCUGGGGAAGUGCAACGGGAAGCUGAAGAGGAGCUAGAGGAUGUCGACAUCUUUAGCAACCCUGAUAAUCCAGAUCCUAGUGCCAUGGUUGAUGAAUCGUAUGUUCACGAAGAGGGUUUCGCAGAAGAGAGUAAACUGAUACUUGGUGGAGAGGAGAGCUCCCCCAGGAAAAGAGCCAUCCAUUUGGAGAGUGGCUUACGUGUUGUUCAGCUCCUUGACUUAGGAUCUUUUGAGACAAGCACUGAGGAAAGAGGCCCUGAAGAGUCUUCAACCCUUAAUGCUAGCGAGACUAGAGCACAUGGUGUCAGUAGCUUGCCGUCGCACCAAACAGCACAGGAAACGUUGCCUAAAGGGGAGAGUGAAUACGACGAUGUCAGUGAUAUAUCUGAUGAAGGAACCCCAGAAAGGGACCUUCCCGAGUAUGGAUCUUUCGAUAUUGAAUUAAAACAGCGAUGGUCAUCGAAAGUAACUCGCAAUACUGACAAUCAAGCUUCAACCAGUGUGCCAACCCAAACGCCUGAAGAGCUGAUAACACCUAAACUAGAAGUGGUCCGAAAUGAAGCAGAUAGUUCCAGCGCCCUCAUUGAACGACCCAAAGCGCGGAAAAGGUACGUGACGGUUCCAGCACAAAAAAGAAAGCUAUGGAAAAGUUCAAGCGAAGAUUAUGACUCCUCUGAGUUGUCCUCUCCGACAAAGAGAAGCAAGAAGAGCGUACACGAAAGGAGAGGCUGCAUGGCAUCCCCCGGCUCCCAUAGGGAUGGUUCUCACAGAGAUAGGCAGGUAAACGAAGAGCCAUGCAGGCAACCAAAGGAGCGCGUAUCCAACUUGUCGAGGCGCGAACUGCCUCCACGAAUUGUGAGCGAUUUGAAGGGUGGAUUGAAGAUCACCAUUUUACAAGAUCCUUUAAAGAUGGAAAAGAAAGAAGAAGAAGUGGAAGAGGAAGAGGCAGAUCUGCUUGAAACAGAAGAAGCAGAAAAAAAACGACCACUAACUGACAUGGAGUAUAGUGACCUUGAAGACAUAAGUCCAGGUGAGCUCAGUUCUGAUUUUGAGAGCUGGCCAACCACUCCAGACACACCUGAAACGGCCACCCCAGCCAUGGACUUUACUCACCCGAGUCUGGGAUUCUGGGCUGCACCACUGAAAUCAAAUGACGUUUCCAAACCAGCUGGAGCUGUCGUUAGCGAUGAACAUCAGCAGGUGUCCGAUUUACAGAUGUUGUCGCCAACUUUAUCUCCACCGGCAUACCUUGAAGAGCACCCUCUUGUAGGGGUGGAACAAAGCCAAGUACCGUAUGCUUUUGGAGAGGAAAAGAUUCAGGAUGUCGUUCAAGAACCUUGUAUAUCACGAUCAUCUUGGCCAGUUGAGGGUUUCUUCUGCCAAACGACGACCUCUGAGGAACGUGACUUGGGAUUGGGAAGUCUGGGUCCGACAGAGCUGGUGGUGCCCAGAGUUCACAAAGAAUCUUUAUCGUUGGAUGACAGCACUGGUCAUUAUAUCUCACAGUCUGCACACGAAAGUGAUGAGGACAUUGCAAGAUAUGGUCAAGAGCUUCCUCAGUCUGAAGUGUUUGAAUAUGGCCAUGGACUCCCUGAUCAUCAACACCAACAUUACAAGUCACACAGGGAUAGCGCCCAAAAACCACCCAGAGGAACACAGAAGGAAGGAAAGCAUCGCACAACAAUUCGCGAGAAAAGAUAUCCGUGGAAGAGCCGUGAAGAGGUCAAACACAGCCAGGGAACGUCACACAGCCAGGGAACUUCAGUUGGGGGAGAAGAUUCCAAGUUAGUAAGUCAAAGCGCCACUGGAAAAAAUACUGGUUGUGAUGAAGACAGCCCUGACAAGAGACCUAAGGUGGUUCAAGAUGCAGAAACUGCUAAUCACGGUAAAUCUGGCGGGAUUGAAAAGCCAGAAAAAUGGGACAUAUAUGUUUUUGCGUGGAUGAAUAAAGUGCAGCUUGAAAACUGGGUACGAAGGCAGAACCACGGGGCUAAACUGGCCACCAUUGGAACGGACCAAACUUGCACUGUUGAAAUUACCCCAGAAUCUAAACGCAGAUCUUCAGAACGUUUAUAUCGUCGAGCCAAGAAGCGAUUGAGGCGAUUAUGUCAAAGCUCAAGGCCGUGUACAGAGGACGCAGAUACUCCAGAACCAGCAUUUGAUGACGUUAACGCGGAGACGCAGUGUGAAAGUUUUACUUCUUUUCAUAAAGAAGCAAGUUCCAGUUCUGUUUCUGUUUCAAAGGAAGAUGGGAAUGUUGAGAGAUGUUCUGUACAAAGCGCGCAUGUUAAUCACUCGGUAUCAUCUUGCACUCCGGUUGAAAAUUUUGCACAAAAGCACAUUGAUGUUAAUGUUGAAUGCGAUUAUUCUGUUCAUCCCAAGACGGAUGAUCUGUUGUGUGAUAAAGAAGUUUCAAUUAUUUUCGAAAAAGGUUUGGUUACAGAGGUGGAAGGAGUUACCGGAAACAACGAUGAUCCAAAUUAUCCAGAAACCAGCUGUUCACAUGUUCACCUGGGUAAAGAUUCGUCUGAAGAAGAGGAAGAACACGACGAUGUAUCGUUGGGGGAUCAGGGAAACGAGUGUGGGAGAGAUGGCGUACAAAGAGGGCCACUAGCUGGCGCAGAGAGUGAUAGCAUUCAUAAAGAGGAUGCAGUAAUUAAGAGUUUUCCAACCAAAGUGUUCGAUUCUAAUGAGGAUAAAGAGCAUCAACCGCUCGACAUAGAUAUGCAUGAUAUUGCAGAUGAUGUAGUGUUACACCAUGCUGUUUCUGAGGGGAAUCGUGAAGCAAAAGACAGACAGGCAAACCUGUGUGUAACUGCUGAUAUAAAGAAUGUGAACGAGUUAAAGUCGAUCGGAGAUUUUUCUUUGGAUUUGAAUUCACAACAUGAAAAAGACACAAGCGAUACGCCGCAGAACGUCAAGGAGGUUACUGAAGAUGUCGAGGUGAAUCAAAGUACAACCGACGAAGCUGUGGUUGUGAGGAGUGGAUCUGUAAUCUUCGAAGACCAAAAACCAAGUUUAGCAGGACAGAGUAUCCCAGAUGUUGAAAAUAACUCUCGUGAGGAAGGUAGUCUUGGUCAUGAAACUCCAAAGUGUCCUGAUGAAGGCGAAACAGGAGAAGAAAAGAUGCUCGCAGAGCCUGACUUAGGUCCUGAUGGAUGUGGAGGAAGAGGAGAAGGAGAAGGAGAAGGAGAAAAACGGGCAGGUAUUAAGAUUUCCGAUCCUAAAACUAGGAAGGAGAAUCACAUGAAUGAAGCUCCUUUUGAAACCUUGGCAGCAGAAGAGAAGACAGAUGGCUCAGGUCACGAGAGGACAGCCUCCACUGUUGCCAAUGCAUUGCCAAUUGAGGCUUCAAUCGGUAUAAGUUCAGAUCAUUUCAACAAAGCCCACAAAACCCCUUCAACGACUGCUGGUGCUGCUGCUGCUGGUGUGUUGACGUCUUGUGAUCCUGGUGUGCUAAAACUAGUUCCAGGUACAGUGCCCUCAGCUCUGGAACCUCUUCCCCAAACCCACAUUCCACACUUUCUUCUCCCUCCUCUUCCUCUUCGUCCUUCGCUCCCGAGGAAUGUUGCAUGUAGCUCUGUUAAUAGUUGUCCUCCUGGUUCAGAACUUCUGUCUCCGACAGAGGCAAGUGGUAAUUCAACAAUAUUUCCAUCGGAUUCAGUGGCGCAAGAAGUCGCCAAUAAAGAUGAAGAUGAUGAAGAUAGGCGACCACCCAAGAGUAUAAUGGAUCAUUCGGUGGUUUCGGCUUUGGUGCAGUUUUACACCGAAAGCAAUAACGUAAACGGCAACAGAAACUGUGAUCUCAAAGAGAAGGAAGAUAAUGGUAAAACUAACUCUGGUGUCUGCAUUUCGACUCGUAUGGAAUCAGUGCAAAAGAGCGACAGAAAACAUGAAGAAACAAGUGAUAUGGAAAUAGACUCUGAUAACGAAAGAUCCGAAAGCUCUGACGGAUAUUCAAUUCAAAUCGAUAACACAAACGGAAGCAGAAACAGUGAUUUGAAAGAGAAGAAAGAUGAUGCUGAAACAAACUCUUGUGUCUACAUUUCGACUCGUAUGGAAUCAGUGCAAAAGAGCGACAGAAAACAUGAAGAAACAAGUGAUAUGGAAAUAGACUCUGACCAGGAAAGAAAUGCCACCAUUAUGGUUAUUGAGAGAUCUGAAAGCUCUAACGGAUAUUCAAUUCAAGAUAAGCCGGCCAAGUUGGAUUCUGCUGACACUGUAAACCAACAAAGCUUAGCAGCUGGUGUUCAAUUGCAUGCUGAAGACGAUAAGGUAUCGGUGGGGAAAUCUUUAGAUGUAUCAGCAGCGAAGAAUCCUGAUGUUGAUGCAAACCUACUUAAGGAUCAGGAACUCUUGAACAAUGACGCCCUCAAGGAGAUUCCAGGUUGUUCUGGUAACGAACGACAAGAAACGCUUUCAUGCGUCUCUCGAAAUGAUCUAGGAGUAGGAAAAAAUGAUAUGGAAGUGGAUGUGGAGUCAUUGCUGAAGUGUUCAUCAGUCACUUCCAACAAAUCAAGUGGAGAUAGUCCUGACGUUAUCGCCAAUAACACUAUGGUGAUGGGAGAUAAUUUGGUGGAAAAUCCUAAAGGUACAUCUGGGAGAUCGCAAGCAGAAAAUCUUGAUUUUGCGAAGAAUGAAGUGCGUGUACAGGAAGGCAUAAUUGGUAUUAAAGGAAAAACGAGGAAGAAUGUUACAGAUGAAAAUUAUCAGGAGAAUCCCAUUGUCUCUGGUUACAAACCACGAGCAGAAGAACCAGCAAACUUGGAGGAAGACUUAUCUGAAGAGCAACUAUUGAGCCCCAUUGAUCCGCUCUUCAUGGCGAGUGCUGAGCAGACCAUUUUCAGCUCAAUAGGUGGCUUAAGAAACCUGUUAGGACAAUCGUCAACGUUUGAUCGCAUCGCAGAGGAAACCAUUGCCUCAACUGUGUCUUCGUUGGAGGAUAUUCUUCGUCAAGCAAAUUGCAGCUACUUGGAGCUGAGCAGCUGCCCCUCUGACAGCGGUGUGUCUGUGGGGGAGGAAGCUUCGGGUCCUUCUAGAGUAUUCAACUUUAACAAUAUUACGCAUUUAGCGACCCCUCCACAGGAAAAGGAUUGCAGAACGGGGUCGUUGGAUGGGCAGUCUCCAAGUGGAGUAGGGCAGCCAGAGUGGCUGUCUACAAAUGAAAAGAGUGAUGCACGUUGUUACCUCGGUAGAGUAUCAGGGAAGCCUUCUAUUCAGAAGAGAAGUCAAAAGCCAGGUGUUAACAGGAAGUUCCAGUUCUUUGUGUAUUCACCAGACGUUGACAGGGAGUGUGAAGCGUUGAAGAACUACAUGUUGAGAGCAGGUGGAACACUUGUGGAUGUCAGGAACUCCAAAUAUUUGGAGGAAAAUACACGAGAGCUGAAAGUGUUCAUCAGAAAAAAACACUUGCCAUCUGUUCACAGGUAA